CUGAGAUUGCGGGGGGCGGGGGUGGAAAAGACCAUGAAAGGACAGAGCUGGAGGACACUUUUAAGAGCUGUUUGUUUGGGAUAGUAUUUGUGACUUGUCCCCCGACUUUUUAUUUGAAGAAAUAGAAGCUUAAGGACUUUCUCGCAGGAAAAACACAGCGCUUUAAUAGCGUCCAACUGGUCCCGCCACAGAGAUUGAGCGCGAGCUAGCAGAAGUUAGCUGGACGGCUAUCGGCGGCGGGUGAGGGGUCGACAGAGAGCGCCGUCAUCAAACCUAGUAGCAUGUCGCCCUCGGGAAGAAGUAGCUCGAGCUUUGGAUGAGGUUCCGUGGCGCAGUUCGAUCGCAGAGACUUUUUGACGCGACGGUGGGUUGUGAUGUUUCCGCAAGCGCGGGGCUCCGGUGGAGGCGCGGCGUCGGCGGUGUCCCGGGGCUGGCCGCAUACGGUACUGUGGAGACUAGGGGGUUUCUAUCUCCUCCUGCUUGUCGAAGGGGCCCGAUGCCUCGCCAACCCGAGCAAUGCACCGGGCAUAAACAAUAACAACAGGCCGAAUGUGAACGUCUUCAUGAGCGAGGAAGAGGUCAAGAAACUCCUGGGUCUUGAUGCUGAGUUGUACUAUGUAAGGGAUGAUGUGGUAAAUCUUUAUGCCCUUUCCUUCAUCCUGCCUGUUCCCAGUGACACUAACAGCCUACAUUUCACAUGGCACUCCAGCAGCAAGGUGGAUUACAGGUUAGGGUUUCAAGUGGAAAACACUUCAGCCAUGGAUCAACCUCAGAGCAACAUCUCUGCUCAGGGGGAGGUCCCGCGCACUCGUUCAGUGUUCAGAGUGGAUCUUUUCUGCUCUGGAAAGGCUGAUGGAGAGGCUGUGCUUACGGUGCAGUUGAACCUGACUACACCAGCCAACAACUUCACAGUGCUCAACUUCAAACGCAGGAAAAUGUGUUACCGAAGAAUUGAGCAGCCAGAGCCCCCCAAAACUCUGCCAUUCCCAAACACAACCAUACAGAGAAUAGACCCGAGCAGUUCAAAUGCUCCCACCACAUCCACACGAGUUUUCUACAUCAGUGUGUGUGUGUGCUGCAUCGUCAUCUUUCUGGUAGCCAUCAUCCUUGCUGUGUUACACCUCCACAGCAUGAAGAGAGUGGAAAUGGAUGACAGCGUCAGCGACAGUGGAAGCUCUCAGGGUCUGUCUCAGCCUUCCACCCAGACCACCCAGUACCUGAGGGCAGACACCCCCAACAAUGCUACACCUGUCACCAGUUAUCCCUCGCUGCGGAUAGAGAAGAACGACUUGAGAAGCGUCACUCUCCUUGAGGCCAAGGCAAAGGUCAAAGACAUCGCCAUUUCCAGAGAGAGAGUCACACUCCGAGACGUCUUGCAUGAAGUUCAACUGAAAUUGCAUCAUGGCAAACAAAUGCGUCAGCGUCAUUUGCCCACUCAGCUUGAGGUACAGGUGACCAUGAUGCUUACAGAAAGCUGUAAACUACGGGGCCUUCACCACAGGAACCUGUUACCCAUCAGCCAUGUGUGUAUAGAAGAUGGUGAGAAGCCCAUGGUCCUGCUGCCCUAUAUGAACUGGGGAAAUCUUAAGCUUUUCCUGCGCCAAUGUAAGCUUGCUGAGGCCAACAACCCACAGGUAAGACUUCCACAAAUAAUUGAUAACAGUAUGCAAGUGAAGAUCACAGACAAUGCGCUGGCCCGUGAUCUCUUCCCCAUGGACUACCACUGCCUCGGAGACAAUGAGAACCGACCCGUUCGCUGGAUGGCUUUGGAGAGUUUGCUUAACAAUGACUUCUCUAGUGCCAGUGAUGUGUGGGCUUUUGGGGUUACUCUCUGGGAGCUGAUGACCUUGGGACAGACUCCUUAUGUUGACAUCGACCCCUUCGAGAUGGCUGCCUAUCUGAAGGACGGCUACAGAAUAGCACAACCCAUCAACUGCCCCGAUGAACUAUUUGCAGUGAUGGCCUGUUGCUGGGCCUUGGAUCCGGAGGAGAGACCAAAAUUCCAACAGCUCGUCCAAUGCCUCACUGAGUUCCACGCUGCUUUAGGGGCCUACGUCUAAACUCGCUCAAACCAGCUGAGUUGUUGAACAGCACUAUUCCAGAGAGUGAAAGUUAAUGCAGUGCCUUACUUUAUAAGAUUUUUGUAAAGUGCUUUUGUUUCAUGCGAUAUGAAAUGUGGCUUGGUUUGGAGGUCAGUAUCUUUUGUAUAUCACAGCUGCGUGAAUAUCAAGGACUGUUUCGGAUUCUCAUGAAUAUCAUCCACACUUGUUUGGAAUGCUGGUAUUAGGGUGUCCACAGGAAGCUGCUGUUCUCUUUGUUUCACGAAGAAGCUUUUUUUCUUUUUCAUAAUAAUAGAAAUGACAAGAAAUUGACCUAAAAGUCUGGUAAUUUCCUUUUGGAUCUUUUAAAUAUUGCUCAGAGUAAUCUGUACAUAGAUUUUCAUAGACUUCAGUGAGAGGAGCUUCAUCUCCACUGCAUUUGGUCUUGCAUUUAUUUGUUUUAAAAAGAGAGAACAGGUCUCCGCUGCAGUAAAUGUGCAGAAAAAAAUGCCUCAUCCUGGGCAUCCAAGUCCUUUUUUCCUUUUUGGGACUGAAGAUGGUGGAGCCCUACAACUGACCAUAAGCUUUACCUCCUUAAAUUGUGAGGUGGUCAUGGAGGUUUGAAGCAGCAUGUUGGGAUCCUGCAAGUCAAACUGGACUUUGGUACAGGGUUUUUUCAAAUUCCUAAAGCUUUUGAUGUUUGACUGUUCUGUGUCAGAACAAUGCCUUCCUUGUAUGUUUAAAUCCGUAUGAAUACAUGGACAAGAAAAGAAACAUGAGUCACUGUGAAUAUUUGAAGUGUACGGCCUAGACACAAUUUCAGAUCCUUUGUUCUCCAUCUAUAAGCUCUUCUUUCUAUCCUUGUGAUCACUGCAUGUUGACUUUUUUUAAAGGGUUUUGUGUAAACUGAAUUCAUAACUAUCAAUUAAAUGAGGCCUCUAAAUAAAAUGGGAUCUCAGUUUUAGUGUUUGUGUUUGUUGCCUUUAAUGUAUGAUUUGGUCUGGAGGAUGGUUUUAAACCUAUAUGCAAACUUUUUCGACCCCUCUUAAUACUUGAUACAAUAGAAGCAUCUAUUUUUAGUGAUCAAAGCUGUUGUGAACUAUUCUGAAUGGAACAAUUUUGCAAUAGUUUCCCCUACUCUGGUGUCAUAAGUGUUGUGCUUUUAAACAUUGUGCAAAUGUUUAUCUUGACCGAGCAGCCAAAAGGCUAUCAGUAAUUUGUGGGCUGGCAGACUACAUAUUUGUGCAAUCUUUAUUCACUGUAAUUUGACAGGUUGUUUUUUUGCUUUUUUGAAGCUUAACUACUGAUUCGAUCAGUGAACUA